UUGGAAGAGAAAAGCAUCCAGCUUUCUUUCUACAACAUCACUCUCGGUCUCAGAUAGAAAAUGGAGAACUCGACGGUUCUGAGAGAGUGGUUCGCCCGAGUUGACUCGGCCAAUACGGGAAGCAUCACUGCACCGCAGCUCAAGAAUGCUCUUGCUGUUGGAAACCUCGACUUCCCUAUCUCGGUUGUUCAGCAAAUGAUCAGGAUGUAUGAUUUUGACCGGAAUGGGACGAUGAGCUUUGAAGAGUUUGUGGCGCUCAACAAGUUCCUUCUCAAGGUUCAACAAGCCUUCUCAGACCGAGAGAGGGGUCGUGGCUAUAUUGUUCCUGAUGAUGUGCAUGAGGCAUUGGUAAAAAUUGGUUUCUCGCUGGACUCUCCCGCUUUCUACACAGUCUGUGAGAGCUUUGAUCAAAAGAAGAAAGGAAUGUUCCGACUAGAUGACUUCAUAUCUCUUUGUAUAUUUUUGCAGUCUGCUCGUAAUCUGUUUAAUUCAUUUGACACAGCUAAGCAAGGCAGAGUGACUUUGGAUCUCAACCAGUUUGUCUUUUGCACUGCCAAUUGCAGAAUAUGAAAUGCGGCAAUGACCAUGGGAUACUUGGAAUUCAAUUCUUCUGUAAAUCUAUAUUACCUAGUGUCUGUGUGUGUGUUUUCUUUUAAAUUUACGGUCCGCAGAAUAUAGAUUUGCUUCUCAACAUGUAUCCCAUCAAUUUCCUUAUCGAUGUAGUUUUAAUUUGCAAUAUUGUUCAUUUGGAAAAGCUUACUGAUUAAAAAAGGGAGUUACUAUUUAUUUUUUCACUUGUUAUAUAUCAUACAUGUGAAAGUGAGAGUAGCAGAAAGUGUUGGUCUGCUAUCUAACUUACAAUGUUGCUCUCUAUACUUUCUUUCAGUGUUGUGUUUCUUCUUUCCAGCCUCGGCUUUUGAGCGCUUCCUUUGUUUUUUCACACUUAAGCUUGGAAAGGCACUUCUUGUAAGACGAAUGUGAUAUAUAUAUAUAGCUCCAAACAACAUUAUUUCCAA